AUGACUUCCACCACCGACGCCCAGGGCUCCGUCGCCUGGCCUCUGGCCGACGCCGCCCUCUCGACCGAGAUCAUGGACCUCAUCCAGCAGGCCACCCACUAUCGCCAGGCCAAGAAGGGUGCCAACGAGGUGACCAAGUCCCUCAACCGCGGCACCGCCGAGCUCGUCGUCCUCGCCGCCGACACCACCCCGCUGUCCAUCGUGCUGCACCUGCCCCUGCUCUGCGAGGACAAGAACGUGCCCUACGUCUUUCUCGGAAGCAAGCUCCAGCUCGGCCGCGCGUGCGGUGUCUCCCGCCCCGUCAUCGCGGCCACCAUCACCACCAACGAGGCCUCGGACCUGGCUGGCCAGAUCAAGCGCCUCAAGGAGAAGGUCGAGAGACUGGCUAUCUAA